GAUUGACCGAUAAGGAGGAUUACAGCGGUUGUUUUUACCUCCUGAAAUGGUCAAUCUGAAUGAGUGGAAAGCGUUGUAGCAUGCUAGCACCCAUGAUAAUAAUGGGUAGACAUGCGACGGGGCUAUGGACAAGGAUGGAAAUCUUAAAAUUAAAGCAUUUUGAUGGGGAAAACUAGAAGAGUCCCUUUAAGAUGACACGCACCGAUCCACCUGACAUACUGGUAUCGACUGCGUAUCGAGACAUAAAAGUAGCCCCCGCCUCCACUCACUCUAAGCCCUUCCACCCUUCCAAACAAUGUGAUUCCUGGUACCCUAGCACACUGGAGGACAAUCAGGAGAGGAUCAACAAAAGGCACUGCCGUAGCUUUGACUUCGAGUCACUGGGCGACCCUAAAUCUCGUACUUCUUCAAUGGAGUACCCACACUGGAGGACUGAGAGGCGCGUGGCAAACCCAGACGUGACCUGGAACACUCUGGGCCAGCAGGGGCACCUCCGGUUCUCCUCGCCGGACCUGUUCAACAACAGGAUGCCCACUCAGCAUGCCAGUGCUGAUGUGGCAAGUGAGGCGGCGAGGUCUGAGCUCAAGAGAAGAGCUCGGUCCAAAAGUGCCCCUCGAGUCAAGACCACCUUCACCCCUGUGCCCUUUGAGGAGUCCCCACCUUCGGUAAGGAGGGGGAGGGAGGUUAGCCGGGCCCCACGGGACCCUCCCAGGAGGCCCGAGGCAUCACCGCGUAGAGAGUCCCCUUAUGCUGCAACCCGGCCACUCAUGAACGAGGUGCACCCCAUCAAACUGCAGCCUCAGCGGGGGGAAGCCAGUCGCUACUCGCCCCUCUAUGUCCCUGACUACGUUGACAGGAGCAGGGUGGAGAAGCCAGCCACUAGCCCCCAUGUUCGGUGCCGGGUGGACAUUAAGCCAGAUGCCGCGGUUCUGCAGCAAACGGCCAGGAAGCCGCCUAUGCAACGUGCAGAUGUGCCCUGGCAGCGGUACAACAGUGGAGGGAGCCGCAGCUUAACUGUGCCCCGCCAAAUUCCCACCUCCAGGACGCCAACGCCCAGCGAUUGCUACAGCAGCGAGUAUAGGCAGCCAUACCAGUAUUCCAGCAGCAUGCCAAAUAGCUACAUCCAGCCUGUGGAAAUCCCUCUGCAAAGGAUGCCUUCUCCAAGAGAAUACUAUGGAAGGGAACGAAGGGCCUUCUCCAGCCCCAACGUGCUAACCAAAUUCUUCUACGCAGAUGAGCCCAUGAGUUACUCAAGUCCGGCUCCACAUGCAAGGACUUACUAUCAGGAGGAUCAUUACAGCACCCCCAGCCACACCCUUUCUCCCAAAGUCCAGUAUAUGCAGGAUCCAAGGACUGGCAUUGUUCAUACCGCACCCACCCGGUCGUAUUUCACAGAGAUAGACCCUUAUCCGUACCCUUUACAAGCAAUGUAUCCCACAUCGUAUUCUGCGAGUGAGCCCGGUCCAUACAUCAUCCAGACACCUCCAACGCGCACCUACUAUGGGGAAGAUCCCAGGACCUACUCAAUUCAGACUGUCUCUCCUAAGAUCUUCUAUGCACGUGAACCCUUCACGCCCCCACCAGAGCACCACAUCCCCGCGAGGGCGUAUCACACAGAAGGCCGCCGACGACCUCGAGUGUCCCAGCCACAGGUGGAUGAUUGGUAUGGUUCGGAAGUAUCUGGUUAUAGCACGCACUAUCCUUCCUCUCAAGUCUCCCAGUUCACCCCUCAGAGGGUGAGGCGUGAGCCUGCGCUGACACCCUGGUACGCGAACCCCUGCAUAGAGCCCACAAGGCUUGGGACAGAUGCAGGCAAGCCGUACUCUAAGUCGUGGGACAACAUCCUCAAUCCACAGGUUGAGAGGGAGCAACCAGUACAUCGCGGUCACAGCCACGACAACCUUCUUUACCCGGGGAAGCGUGCCGUGUCCCCGGAUGACAGACGGCAGCCAGUGGUAGUCAACCUCUCCAGGUCACCCAGGCGCUAUGCUGCCUUGUCCCUGUCAGACAACUCCCUACUAGACAAGAGCCCAACGGACAGUGGGAAGCCUGGUGUUGGAAAGCCAUGGUUUGUUACCCCAGAGAUCACCAUCACUGACAACGACAUCCACCAGGGUGGAACGAGUGGGAAAACAGAGGUGCGGUCUGCCAGCUGGAAUGUGCUGGACUCUGAAAGCACUCCAGCUCCUACAGCCACCCACCAAGAGCCACCAUCCGAUUCAGCAGAGUCCAAAGACAAAACCCACCACAGCUCUUCCCUACAGCAAAGCCUGGAGCAACUUGAUGAGCUGUUAGCUGACCUUGUCAUUGACUACAAACCCCCAGCCAGCAGGAGACCCAGCGAGGACCUUCUGGAUCAACUCAAGAAGCUGAUCAAUGAAGAUGAAGCAGGGCCCUCAGCAAAAAAACCUCCUAAAGAACCAGAGAAUCCAGGUCCCUUAAGUAAGCAGCCAACCUCGACAAAAAUGAUUCCUGGCAUCCACAGAGAUGCGGAUAGUGGCUGCGACGGGCUCCAGAAGACUGCAGAGGAGUGCUCCCCAGAUGAGAGUACAGAUGAGGAUGACACUAUGAUGUGCUCCAACCGCAAGUGCCAGCGCACGGAGACCCUCUUCAAUGCCUGCCUCUACUUCAAGUCCUGCCACAGCUGCUACACAUACUACUGCUCCCGCAACUGCCGGCGUGAGGACUGGGACGUUCACAAGGAGAGCUGCCUGUACGGACGCAUUGGAAGCAUAUGCCGACAUGUCAUCAAGUUCUGCCGGGAGACCAUGGAGGUCCACAAGGCCUUCUCCCGAAUCGCCAAAGUGGGUUAUCUCUCCCGGGGUAGGGGUGUCCUCUUCCUUGGAUUCCCAAGCCCAGGCUCAUCCAAAAACUUCCUGCAGUAUGGCCUGGAGAGUCUCCUCAUGUCCCCCACUUACCUGUCCCUCCGGGAACUGGAUGGCUUCAAGGAAAACCUGGGGGAGUACUGCAAGGAGCUCCAGGAGGCUGGAAAUGAGUACGACCCCAGCGAAUGUUUCCUCUUGAAUGUAUCCAUAGCCGUGGGCGACCAAGUGCCUGACAGGCCCUCACCGAGGGUCCAAGCUCCAACUGUACGGAAACAUGCCAAGGUGUCCCUGGCAUCCUAUAGCCCAGAAAGGAAGGUCCAGAGGAAGGAGAGUGACAUGGAGACACUGAUACUCACCCCACCCCCAGGGACUGCCGACAUUGAUAAAGAAGGAGAGGAGGGUAGGAAGGCUCGGGAGAUCUGCUUCAUUAACAUCCAGAGGGAGCUCAGGAUCCGGGGUGUCUUCCUGCGUCACGAGUACCCCCAAAUCUACCAACAGCUGUGCCACUUCGUAGAGAGCAAUGAGAGAUUCACUCCCACCACCAUUUACCCCAUUGACAAAAGAACCGGAAAGCAGUUCAUGUGCAUGAUUAUGGCUGCCUCUGAGCCAAGAACACUGGAUUGGGUGGGCACCCCAAAUCUCCUAGAUGACAUCAUAUAA